CCAACGUCAAAAUCAUAAAUAAUCUUAAUAUACGCAUUUAUUAGUAUUAGAUAGAAAAAUGAACUUUGAACAGAUUGCUAGCGAGAGCACUAACAGCAGUGUCUCAAAAUUUUGGAAAACCAUCGCAAUCUGGAUGAAAAAUCCUCACGUUGUUAAUCGUAGGAUUCUAGGAUCUCGAGAACUAUUAACAAUCCAAGUCAGUUACAAUAUUCUGGAUAUUUUGGAACGCAUUGAGAAGCUCCAUAUCGAAUCUAAUGAUUUCGAGUGUGAUUUAUCUUCAAUAGAUGUAAAAUAUUUAUUAAAUACGUUAAAUAUUACAGAAUAUUGUCAAUUAUUUGAGUGUAAGGAUCUGUUUGAGGUAUCAAACGAUGAUAAAGUAUAUUUAUGUAUAAGAAAACUUCUGCCUCGCAAUACACAGAUCUUCUCUCCUACACUGGAAUUUGUAUUCAUUGACAAGAAAUCUGCCAGCAUUAUUAGUCUCCACAAACGGAUCGUUCUAGAUAAACAGUCUCUGGGUCCGAGUACAGCUUACAGUGUACAGCAUCACGAGUACGACUCUACCUGUAUAAAUGUACAUAAAUUGGACUGCGAUAGUUAUGAUAAAAGUCGCGACUGGUUGAGAUUCAAGUUAUUCCCACGUCUGAUAAAGUGGAUGGAAAGUGAGAGCGAUGUAACCAGUUCGAGAAUCAGUUCUCUCAGUCUCGUCUCCAUCGAGAGGUACACCUUGUUGUAUAACAGUUUGAAAGAGAAGUACGGCGCGAAGAUGGUGAAGAUAUGGCCGGAGAACACAGAUCCAGCCAAGUUUGUUUACGAGGAUAUCGCCAUCGCUACGUACCUGUUGUUACUGUGGGAAAAGGAAAGACUGGAAAAAGGUACCCAGGAGUUGCAGUCAUUCGUCGAUCUUGGUUGCGGUAACGGUCUUCUCGUCCACGUCUUGUCUAGCGAGGGUCACAGAGGAACAGGGAUAGAUUUGCGCAGCAGAAAGAUCUGGAAUCUGUUUCCAGAGAGCACACAUUUGCAAGUCAGCACGAUUGUUCCAUCCUCGGAGACGGUCUUCCCUGGAGUGGACUGGAUCAUAGGGAAUCAUUCGGACGAGCUCACCCCGUGGAUCCCAGUGAUUGCGGCACGCAGUUCCUACGAGUGCCGAUUCUUCCUGUUGCCGUGCUGCGCCUACGAAUUCGAUGGCACGAAAUAUCGACGAUGCAACGCCGGCGAGAGUCAAUAUUCAGAGUACAUGUCUUACGUUAAGAGUGUAUGCGAAGGCUGCGGCUUUUUCACGCAAGUAGAUAGACUGCGAAUUCCGUCGACCAAGCGAACCUGUUUCGUCGGCUGGAAGAGGACUUAUGCGAGAGAGGAUUCUGUGACGCUGGACAUCGACAUUCAGAAAAUCAUCGAUGCCAGGUCAACAGUUGUCACUCGACCUCGGGAAGAGAUUGUAGGAAGCGAGGCAAAGGAAGAUCUUUGGUCUUCGAACUUCAAACCCAGGAGUUCGACUGAACGAACUCGCAACUGUACGCAGCUGGAUAGAAAAUUGGUUCUCGACAUAGUCAAUGUAGUCGCGGAACAUCUUUUGCGCGCUGGUCGCAAGAUAUCGCUGGAACAGAGACCUGGUGAAACGUGGAACGCCGGCGGGCAGAUCGGCAUCGGUGACGUGGCGAAGCUAUUAACACCCGAGAAGCUGCGGCAACUACGAAACGAGUGCGGUGGCUUGCAAACUUUAUUAAGGAAUCAUAAUCAUAUAUUCUGCGUCACCCAAGGACAAGUGCAAUUUAGGAUUCCUGGCAUCAUUGAUAAGAGGAAGAAAGCUAGAAGGAAUAGGAACAGCAAAGCACCAUUAAGAAAAAUUAAGCCUUGCUGGUUUCACAAGAACCAUCCUGAUGGAUGUCCCGCUCUCGACAUCGAUUGUGACUUUCAGCAUUGAAUUUUUUUGUUAUUGCGCGAAGUUGUGUUUUGUACUCUGAAAUUCUAUAUACAUUUAUUUAAGUUUGAGGACAAUAAUUCAUGUAACAAUACGUUUUAUUUUAAAUAAAAGAAAAUAAAUGUCGAUUGUUGCAUAUCAAAGUUGAAAAGAACACAUACGCAACGAUCCCAUGAUGUGGAUUAGCAUUACAAAACAAUGUAACAAUACAAUGUAAACUACUUAAAGAGUAUUAUUACAUCUUGAAUAUAUACCUA